UUGGAAAGUUUCCCCAUUUCAAUAUUACUUCAACUUGAAAUUGGUGAUGUAAACAUCUCUCUUGAGAUUACCUUUAAUUAUCAAGAAUAUUCAAUCUUCACCAGAAAGAUUCAAUCAAAACUAGCCAUGUUUGUUGGAUUAUCUAUCCUUAGAGUAUCAGAUCAAGAAAAA